AUGAAUCGUCUCUUUGGGACUUCUAAAAAGGCACCAAAGCCAACAUUGAACGAUGCUAUUGUCGCGACGGACGGCAGAGUUUCUGCGGUUGAGGUUAAGAUAAAGAAACUUGAUGGAGAAUUGGCAAAAUAUAAAGAUCAAAUGAAAAAAAUGAGAGAGGGACCGGGAAAAAGUCAACGCGACCAACUUCAACAACAAUCCUUCAAUAUGGAACAGGCAAGUUUUACGACCGAGAAUUUGCGAAAUGUGGCUACAACCGUUGAUGCAAUGCAAUUAGCAAAUAAAGAAAUGCAAAAACAAUAUAAGAAAAUUGACAUAAACAAAAUAGAGAGUGUUCAAGACGAUAUGGAAGAUUUGAUGGAACAAGCUAAUGAAAUACAAGAAACGCUCGGUAGAACAUAUGGACUUCCCGAGGAUAUCGAUGAAGAAGAAUUGGAAGCAGAAUUGGAGGCACUGGAUGAUGAAUUAAAUUUCGAAGAGGAAGAAGAGCCGUCAUAUUUACAGGAGACACCAGAAUUACUAAAUUCAGGAGUGGAUCCAUUAUCUAAACGAUAUUGUACAAGAUCAGCGAUAGUGAUAAGUUUUAAAUUAUGUUCAUCUGCAAAUGCACGACAAUCAUCGCGACGUGCCAUUUGCCCAUCCUCUUUUACCAAUUCACAGAUAACGCCAACGGGUCUAUUAAAAUCACUUGCUGUGAUGGUUGGAUUAGCAAGUGAACGUGCUGUCAAUGCACGAUCAUGUGCUGAUAUACCAGUCGUAGUAUCUGCACAAAUUAAUCUUAUUUAA